AUGGAGAUAGUUUCUAUAUCCUCCUUGUCGCCUUCUUCGGCACUGCCCGCCAACUGUGGGUUCAAGGCACUGGUUACCUUGAUAUGGCCAUUCUCUUCAGCGACCGGACAAUGCGCUCUUCUCUUGGCCGACCCGGACGCGCGACAGCGAUACCAGAAAGGCCAAGUACGCGUACGAUUCACUGGGCCGAGUGCACACCAGAUCGCCACAUCGGGUAUCGGUAUUGGAGACAGCGUGCAAAUCGCGCUUGUGGGCGCGAAAUGGCUGACUGAAUCCUUGGUCAAGACGCCUGGUAGAAGUGUCGACGGCGAGCUUAUAUUCGAUAAUCGGCUGCAUAUGAUUAUUACGCGAGGAGAGAAAGAACUGAAGACAAUCGACAUAGAUGAGCCCACCCAGCCCACAUCACCGACGUCCAGUAUGCUGCCGCCGAGUACGCCUGUCGCACGAUCCAAGCCUCGUACUUCUUUUGAUGCCUACGGAGUUGCUGUCUAUUCUUCUCCAGCUUUCAUGAAACGUUUACGCUUAUCUGAAGGAGCUGCACCAUACACCCCCGUCUCCGUAUCAGAAGAUGACGAUCAAGACACUGUCGCUUCGCGCAAGAGAAGGAGAGUUUCAUACAAGAAUGUGUCAGAAUGGAAGUUCGAUACCCGGGAACCCUCCCCCGAGAAAGAGCAAGAUGGUGUUUUGGAGGACGCCGAUGGAGACGGCAGUUCGGUCACCGGGACGGCAGUGCCAGCAACAGCCACUAGAGGAGCCGGCAGCGUGACCGAGCAAACUCAUGAUUUGGAAAUGCAAGAUGCGAAUGAACCGGCCAAGAGGGCAGAUCGACAAAUUGAUCAGCCUGAAUCUGAGGUACGGAGCAGCGAGGCAAUUGCUGCUGCACAGCCUGCGUCAAGUAUCAUUGCACAGGUUCUUCCAGCGGUCACUGCUGAGGAAGACUCACCCGUGACCGGGGUUCCUACAAGGUCCGCAGCAGAACCGCCUUCUGUACAAGCACCAGAGGAGGGAGUGGUUGACGCAGCUGUUCAACAACCUGCUAAAGCCACCAACCUGGAAGACACUGUAUCGGAAGGAGUGUCGCGGGCCCUGGAAAGUUCUGUAACUUCCCGUAUUGAAGUUGCGCCCUCCUUAAAUAUGCCUCCUUCGGGUUUGCCACGCUUGACUGUACUACCGACCGAGAGCGAGCUCCUAGAACAGAUGGCGCGUGCCCGAAACAGCGAUAGGCCCGUAACGCCCACUCUACAACCACUUCUCACUGAGGGCCUGCCUUUACCAUCGCCAUUCCCGACAAGUGCACAGAAGAUGCCUUCGCCCGUCUUCUCGAAGGCAACAGGAGCUUUAGGCGUCGCAGAACAGCAAACAGCUACAGAAGACGCAGCAGAGACUGCUACUCGCACAAGCAGCAUCACGGAAACCCCUCGGAAUCCAUCGCCCGUUCCCGAGUCUCAAGUAAAGCAUUCGCCAAAAGACAACAUGGUAGGAGCACAAGAGUUUGCGCAACCAUCUAAAACGAUUCAGGAGACCGCGGACCCAUCACUGCCAGAGUCAGGCCAACAAGCAGAAGCAACCACACAGAAGCCUCGCAUUGUUGCAGAUACCUAUGAUGGCUAUGCUGAGGAUACUGCUGCAUCUCCUAGUAAACCAUCAGCAGUUGCUCUCAACAAAGCUGAUGACGAUACGGCGUCAUCCAGUGACGAAUCAGAGUCGGACGAAGCAUCCUCGAUAUAUGAUGCCGAGCAGAUCAUAGCUCUACAGGAGGAGAGUGGCGAUGAAGGUGCCAUCGAGGAACCGGAUUGGAGUUACCUGGAACGCAAACUUGAGCAAGAAGAAGCUGCUCUUCAACAGUCAAGAGAGGAUUUGACUGCCCGAGACUCUGGUCUUGUUGAAGCGGACGACGAACUCCAAGUGUAUGAUGCAGACGAUGCUGUGAUGCACGACGACAACUCCGAGCUCGGUGAAGACAUCUUAGCGAGAAGUGACGAUGAUAGCGCCGAUGAUGAUGAUGAUUCCGACAGCUCAGGAUACUUUGACCACGCUGUGAUGCCUGCUUCUGAUGACGAGUCUAGUGGAGAAUCAGAAGUCGAGAUGAUGGAUCAGUCUUAUCAACCUUCUGUGCCUGAGAAUGCCAUGUACAGCCAUCCUUUUGGCUUAGAUGGAGCGCGUUCGCUGACAGAGACGAGAACUGCUUUACCUUCUCAAGCUACAUCACAGACUGGCUCUGUGGCGGGAGAUGAGACCAUCGCCUGGCGCGACAGAGAUGCUGCUGUCGAGACACUUGCUCAACAAACUCAACAGGUCCAACCUCGGACCAUUGAACCAAUAAUUCAAGCACAUGCGCCUCAACAUGCUCCGCCGGUCUCUUCAUCUAGACUUGACGUUGUUGAGCUACUAGAUGAUUCCGAUUCGGAAGGAGAAGGUGACAGCAAUUCUGGUCCCAUUGUGCCUGAAACAAUGAAUUUCAUGUCGUCAGUCAGCCUCGCCGAAUCCCUGCUCAACAACAAAGAGAAAGAUGCUCAUCUCGAGCUCAGCGGGCCUGCUACUAGUAGAAUUCGCUCAGAGCUUAAGAGGAUCUCAGAUAAGGCGAACAGCCAGAGCACGAGAUGGACCAAGUACAAUGCUUUGAGGGCUGUAUGCCAGAUUGGAAGCACCGUGGUAGUUGCCGCCAAGAGUGGCAACAUCUUCGCAGAGGGGGUAAAGUAUCGGCUAAAGGAAGACGAAGUCCUCGUCGGUGUUUGUUGGAAAAUUUACAAUGAGCUUUCGAACGAAGAGAAGUAUCACAUGAGCCAACCACCUGAUCUGCUUGAAUAUCUUGAGGAACUUGAGGAGAAGCGAGACUAUUGUUUCGAUGGCUUCACAGACUUCUUAAAGCUGUUCAAACACAACUACCAUCAUAUGCCUCGUGGAGCAAAAUCACAACGAGUUGACCGACAAGAUGCACCGAUCCCCCCUCAAGUGGAAGACCACGAAAUACAAAAGCAACCAGCUGUCCAGGACAAAGACGAAAACGACGCAUCCGUGCCUCAGGUUGUCCAAGAACAGGCAGAUUUAGCUUCAACGGGCCCAAUCAGCUCCGUAGAGCAGCACGGUAUCCCAGGGAACGCGGCCAAACCAUCUGAGCGAUCAAAGGUAGAGCCAGAGAACCUGGUAGCACCAGAAGUCGAUUUGGAGGCCACUGCGUUCCCUCUAGCAGACCCAGCUCAAGAUGAACGGGCAAGUGUAGAAGGUGUGAGCUCUCCCCGAUCGCACUCAAUCGAAGAUCCCAUCGAAUCUCAAUCCGAAGCAGAUGAGGACGAAUCUGAAGCUGACGAAGUCGAAUCUGAAGCCGACGAGGAUGGUUCCGAAGCCAUGGGUGUCGAGGCAGAUUCUACAGAGUCAGUUGAUGGGCACGAGAUUGAUCCCGCACUGCUUGAAGAGGAAUACGAAAUCGAUCCUGCCUUACUCGAAAAUUCUUCACAGUCUGAAGGAUAUGAGAUCGAUCCUGCGUUACUACAGGAAGAGCACGAGAUUAACCCUGCUCUGCUUGUAGAGAGUCAUGAUGAUGCGCCAUCAAGCGAUCAUCAUAGUCUGCCACAGGCUGACGAGGCGAUGUCAGAAGCUCCCGAGCCUGCCGCUCUCUCAAUCGAUGAUGAUGAAGAGAGCAAUCGCCAGAGUCUCGGAGAGGAGGUCACAAGUGUCAUGGAUGAGCUUAUGACGGAUGUAUCUUUACCUAGUCGGAUUGACGAGGAAGAUGGCGGCCAGGUCCAAGAAACCCCUGUCAAGUCCGAAAUCCAGGAGAGUGUCGAAGAAGACCCCGAAACCAUUGCACAGCCCGAGGUGGACAACAUGGACGCAGAGGCAUCUCCGGCUUUUGAUGCCGAACAGGAGAACACACAGAGACCUGAAGAUGAAUCGCGUCCGUUGUCAAGCUCCAGCUUCAGGACUCUAAGUCCUACCCCAGCUGCCGCUGCGGUACAGCUAACGGAGGCUAUUAUUGACAGCGCAGCCCAGGACAGCCAUGUCGCUUCUCAGGUGCUUGAGCAGCCUAUUGAGGAGCUCGAUCUCUCUCAGGCCGAACCAUCCUGGACAUCACGUCUCUCUCAGUUCUCGCAAUCACGUUCCUCCCGCGCGCACACCAGAAGCGAGACGAUUCCUGACAGUGCCGACGAAGAAGCGACCGAUCUGGAAGCAGAAACCAUCAAUGAUCGUAGUGAAUCUUCAAGCCAAGAACCAGCAGCUCAAGCUUCCCCUUCAAAUGAUGUUCCGAAACUGCUGAAAGAAAGUCUGGUACAGCCAUCGCAGGAGCUAGGCACUGCCUUCUCUCAGGUUCAGAAGCAAGUGCGUAGUCCAUCGGGAAUACAAUCGCAGCUUUCCACUAUCGUAGAGACGCCACUUUCUGACGACGAGGAAGAGACUGCACGCGGGUUGCAAUCUCAGGUGGGUAUCGACGAUGAACUGCUUGCAGAUUAUGCUCAAGCUGUUACUGAGCCUGAGGCGAUCCCGACACCAUCUGAGCUUCCGUCAGUACCUUCCACUCCGGUGAGCACAAAGAAGCCCGCAAGACCUUUGACGCUGUUCAGAGGGCGGAGAUCACUGGAGGCGCGGUCGUCUAUCGGAGGAGAAGAACAGCAGACUGGUGAAACUGAACAGCAGACUGGUGAAACUGAACAGCAAACUCGGGUCAGCGGAGAACAGACUGUGCAAGAUGAAGAGAUGAACGAUGUGUUUUCUCAGGCUCCGGUAGCGUCUACAGAUAUUCCGAAAGUGACGGAAGGUUCGGUCAAGAGCGACAAGCAAGUUCAAAAUGAGAUCGAUACCAGUCUGGACUCUGCACCGACCCCGGCCCCCGAGAUACAAUCACAAUCUGCGCAAGAGCCUCUAGCAGUCAAAGAGACCGCACCUACCACGACGGCGCCGGAAUCAGAAGCUACUGUCGCAGUAGAGCAGCCACAAGUCACUGAGGUGCAAAAGGCAUCGAGCGAGUUCCAGCUCAAGCCCACACUCAAGCCGUUCGCAGAGGUCGAAGCCUCUCUCUUCGGUACACCUAUCAAAAGCAAGACCGUAGCGCCAACGGGACCUCAAUCCGCGCCAUCGCAGACCUGGCGUAACGCAUUGAGCUCUAGAAUGAGUGAAGUGCCUGUCAUAGGCUCCUGGUUCGGCACGCCACGCCGCAUCAUGGAAGUUCAAAAGUCGGCAACCGAGCACAAAGCCACGACCUCCAGCACUUCGUUUGUGCAGGAGACGCCAACAAAGGCUCCCGCUGCAUCCUCUCGCGACAGGCAGGAAUCAAUCUCGCCGCCACCGCUGCAACGUUAUGCAUCUCAGGGCACAUCGACAUCCCUAUCAUAUUUCACACCACUGGCAGGCCUUCACCAACAUCUCAACCAGCAGUCCUCCCUGAUCGAUAUCGUUGCCGUCUGUACCACCGCCACUGCUGAACCUGAACGCGCCAGAUCUGGACCCAAAGACUAUUAUACCACAUUCAGAGUGAUUGAUCAACCACUCCACGAAUACAACACCGCAUCUCAAGACACGGCAGAAGGAGAGAGCAUGAAAGACGUCAAAAUCGAGAUCUUCCGUCCCUUCAGACAAAGCCUCCCCAAAGCAUCCCCUGGAGACGUGGUCCUGCUUUGCGGUUUCGUGGUAAGGUCCCGCAACCACAAGAACUACCUCUUGUCUACUGCCGCUAGCGGAUGGUGUGUGUGGCGGUAUGGUGAACCCUCUGCUGCUCUGAACUACGAAGGUCAAGAAGAGGAAGACGAUAGACCAGUGUGGGCUCGCAAGGGCACUAGCCAAAAUGUCGGUGAAGACGGCAUCAGGGAAGAAGUCACUGGCCCACCAGUUGAGAUCGGGGAUGAGGAGAGAGAAAAAGUUGCAAUGGUCAAGAAAUGGUGGGAGACUCUACAAAAGGGGAGGAAGGCAGAGGAGAAGGAGGAGGAGCCUGAUGUUAUCAUGAUUGACUGA